UCGAGAACGGAAGUGUAAAGCACCCAUUGUGUAUAUUUUCUAGUAGGUAAAAUUGAGGUAGAUAAAACGACGAUUGGAUAUUUGCAUAUUACUUACAUUACAUUAAUAAAUAUUUUAUUUUCUAAAUCUUGUCGAAAAGAAUUUUAUUCACAUAAGAUUUCUGCUUCAUCACAAAAGACGCCUUCGAAACGUCAUCAUUUUUUAACUAGAGACAUCUAUAGCACAUGUUUGAAUUAUUUUUAGCGGGAAUUUUUUUUAUUGUUUUCAAAAGGUUCGAAAAUGAGUUUGGAUAGUGCAGCUGCAAAAAUAUUGCAGCGUGCAGUUGCUUUAGAAAAUGAGCAGAAAUUUACGGAAUCGUUGGUUUGUUUUCAAGAAGGGAUUGAACUUUUGAUGAAUUCCCUAAAAGCCGAAAAGAGUGCUGAAAAGAAAAAUUAUUUACGUGAGAAAAUCGAUGGGUAUAUGACACACGCAGAAAAAAUCAAACAACAUGUUCAACAUUUAAAAGAUAUUGGAAAAUUUCAUGAACAAAUUAAAAUUGAAAAUAAUUCGACAUCGCAUAGUUAUGAGAAAGUAUUUGGUCGAUUUUUGGAGGAUGCUAUAAUUACGCAUAUUAAAAUUGAGGAUCCAUAUAUUCGUAAUUUUCAUCAAUGUCAAAAUUUGUUACGAUUUUGUGAAUUAGCAGUAAAAAAAUGUUCAAACUUGAAGAAAAUUAUCCUUCUGACUACUGAAGAUCCGGAUAAUACACGAGAACAAGUGGAAUGGUUCCAUUUGAUUGGAAAAGGUCUUCAUAAAUAUAAUAUAGUUUUUCAUCAUACAUUUUCCGAAUCGUUGCAUGAUCGGCAAAUCACAUUGAGUACAGGAUGGAUAAUAAAAAUUGGACGUGGUCUUGAUUAUUUCAAAGCACCUGAGAAUAAAUUUACAUUAGGUGUAUUCGAUAUGGAUUUCCGUCCGUGCCAUGAAACAAAUGUUGAUAUAUUUCAUUCCAAAGAUGUGAAAAUAAGUAGUUGAUAGUUCGCGUAAGAAUUAAAAUUGUUUUUAUAAAUUGUACGACAACUUAGGAGUCGCUUCGUGAUGCACCCCGCCCACCAUAUGGACAUUUGCUGUUAUCAUUCUCACAAUUUCUUAUACCUAUUUCAUAUUUAUAUUUGAAUGACUCUCUGAAGUGACAUUAUCAUUAAAUACAGCUUAUCACACAGCAUCUCAAUAUCUUCAGUAGUUUUUUUCAUCAUGAUACACUAGUUUAAAUAACAGACGAUGCAAGGCUCGUUGAUUAUUGUGCUUUUGAAGUUAAUUGGCCUAAUUUACGAGUUUUUAAAAUCUACACAGACAGAAAUUUGUUAACAGUACAGUACC